AUGGCUGCAGUGAGCAUUCCCUGGGCUGGUCAUGCUGAUCUGGAGCCCAUUGUUUUAACACCCGCUUCAGGCUACAAUGCUUCCAGAUCUUCCAGGACACCUUCCAGGGACAAGUCUCGGCCGGUGAAGUUCCAGGAUCUCCCUGCAGGCCUCGCACCAGUCAGCCGUGAGGAGACCACGUCAUCGCCAUUCCGCUGGGAGGAGGAUGAGUGGCGCUCCUUGUGGCAACAGCAACGCAGAGCAGAGCAACAGCUCAACGAACUACUUCAGCUCGAGAAGGAUCGAGGUGCUGCAGUGAAGGAGCUUCGACAGGAUGUUCAUGCUAUGGGCAGAGCCGUGGCAAUCUUGCAGGAUCAGGGCCUGGGGCCGCCGCGGGAAGCCGUGGAAGCCGUGGAAGCCGUCGCGACCUGCACGGUGUCCGCGGUGGCGUGGUUGGCGCGGCGCGCAAGACGAAGGAAGGUGGUGUGCUUCAGCAGCGACCGAGAUGGAGAUGAGGUGGGUGGCCCAGUAGCGCUGGUGCUACGAUCCAAAUUGCAGGAGUUGGCAAAGACCAGCAGCGCACAACGGGCUGCCCAGCGUUGGCAGGAUUUGGGCAAUGCCAAAGUGCUGAUGCCAGAGAACACCAUCCCUUGGGGUGUCACACAUUUCAUAGGAGGUGCUGUCAUGGGCCAAUUCCCGGAGCUUUGCUACAGCUCCUUGUUGCAACCCUUUGUGGAUAAGACCGGGAUGGCUGUCAUUUGCACGCCCUACCAGCUUUCAAGAGAUCAUCAGGAGUUGGCUGACACAGCUGCGGCUGACCUGGCAGAGGCGAUGGAGCUGGGGCAGCAGCGUUUUGGCUGGGCCAAGGAUCGCAUGCCUCGCCUUGCCAUGGGCCAUUCCCUUGGCGCGAAGCUUCAGGUCUUACUCUGCUGCCAGCAGCCGGAUCCAAUGCUCUCGGGGGUUGCGCUCUUGGCUUUCAACAACUUUGGAGUGGAAGACCAGGUGGCUCUCCUUCGAGAAUUCUUGAAGGUGGUGCAGGGAAACAGUGGCCUGAGCGGUUUGGGCGGAGACCAACUCUGGGAAACCUUCUUGGAACCGGCGAUCGGCCGUGCUGCCAAACUUUCAGGGCUGCAAUUUACUCCGGGUCCAGACGAAGUGCUUGACAUGGUGGAGGAGAGCUACAAGCCCGACUUGCGGACAAGGCUCUUCCGCUUUAGCGAUGACUCCUUAGACUGCAGUGAGGAGCUGCUGUCGUCCUUUGUGAUGCGACGUGCGCGAAACGCCGACCGCCUGGAGAUGAAGGGCGGGCACCUCACCCCGGUGGUCUUAUCCUUGGCUGACAUGGCGCCUGCUGGAGGUGCUGUGGGUGACGUCGCAGAGCGCCUCAAGGAGCGUUUCGGUGGCUUUGGCGCAACGUUGGGCAGUGAGGCAGAGUUGGAGGAGAUUUGGGGGGCUGGGCUGGUUGAGGUGGCUGCAACUCUAAGGGCACAACGGGAAGCAAGGCCUGCUGUAGAGGCUCAACGUCUUGAUUUCCACAGCCUUCGCCUCUCUGCGCUCUUUGGUGCUGUGAGGCGUUUGAGGGAGGCACAGGCACGUGAAGUGUCGUUGCGGAAAGCCAUGGGAAGCUGGUCGGAGCUUGUUAAGGCUCGCAAGGCCAAGGAUCAUUUCGAACGCAACAAUGCUGUGCCGACUUCCGGAAAUACAGACAGGUUUGUGGAGAUGAUGGAGGCCCUUGAGGGCCAGGCUGUUGCUGUUCAGGAUCUGAGUGAACUUGUUCGAGCUGAGCUGAAAACAGAGGCCGACCGCGAAAAGUUGUGCCGCGUGGAGUUGGAUGACGAGGCCAUUCAGAAGUUGUCACGGCGAGUGGACGCCUUGGAGGCCAAAGGAGCAGACCUUGCGGCGAUUCUGCAGGAGGCGAAACGCAUGGAACAGCGGGCAGAAGAAGCGGCGGAGCAGGUGCAGCAAAGGACUGACAUGGCGGUGUCGAAGUUGCUACACCGCCUGCAGGACGGGAACUUGACUCUUGGAUGCCUGCGAUUGCCUGCGUUUCAAUCCUAA